UCCGGGUACCCUGAGCGGUGCUCGAGAGUACGGGACUUCCGGGAGGUCUAGGAAGCCGCCCCUCUCUUUGGUAUCUCUGCAGGUGUAGAUCCGCAUCCUGCGGACGGGCGGAGUGGACCGGGAGGGGCGGGGCGGGAUACCGUGGCUGCAGGCCUGAAGCAGGGUCCCUUUGGCUGCAGCUGUCUGGCUGAGAGGUGGCCGGCCAUUCAUUCCUCCAGUGUGGCUGACGAGCGGGGGCCCCUUGGGGGGCUUCUUCGGGUUCUGUGCCCUUACCUGAAGGAGAGCCAUCCUGCGCUUACCCGGGCCGCUGCCGGCCUCCUCGGAGCGGAGGAGGAGGCGUCCACCUUGUUCAACCCUGCGGCUUUUCCACCCUGCGACCGCCGCCAUGGCUUUUCCCCAUCGACCGGACGCCCCAGAGCUGCCUGACUUCUCCAUGCUCAAGAGGCUGGCUCGAGACCAGCUCAUCUACCUGCUGGAGCAGCUUCCCGGAAAGAAAGACUUGUUCAUUGAGGCAGAUCUCAUGAGCCCUUUGGAUCGAAUCGCCAAUGUCUCCAUUCUAAAGCAACACGAGGUAGACAAGCUGUACAAAGUGGAGAACAAACCAGCCCUCAGCUCCAGUGAACAGCUGUGCUUCCUGGUCAGACCUCGCAUCAAGAAUAUGCGGUACAUUGCCAGUCUUGUCAAUGCUGACAAAAUGGCUGGCCGAACUCGGAAAUACAAAGUGAUCUUCAGUCCUCAGAAGUUUUAUGCGUGCGAGAUGGUGCUUGAGGAAGAGGGCGUCUAUGGAGAUGUGAGCUGUGACGAAUGGGCCUUCUCUCUCUUGCCUCUUGAUGUGGACCUGUUGAGCAUGGAACUACCAGAGUUUUUUAGGGACUACUUCCUGGAAGGAGAUCAGCGUUGGAUCAACACUCUGGCGCAAGCUUUGCACCUCCUCAGCACCCUAUAUGGACCCUUCCCCAACUGCUAUGGAAUUGGCAGGUGUGCCAAGAUGUCGUAUGAACUGUGGAAGAGACUGGAAGAGGAGGAGGAUGGUGAAACCAAGGGCCGAAGGCCAGAAAUUGGACAUAUCUUUCUCCUGGACAGAGACAUGGACUUUGUGACGGCACUGUGCUCCCAGGUGGUUUACGAGGGCCUGGUGGAUGACACCUUCCGCAUAAAGUGUGGGAGUGUUGACUUUGGCCCGGAAGUCACGUCCUCUGACAAGAGCCUGAAGGUGCUGCUCAAUGCCGAGGACAAGGUGUUUAAUGAGAUCCGGAACGAGCACUUCUCCAAUGUCUUCGGCUUCCUGAGCCAGAAGGCCCGGAACCUGCAGGCCCAGUAUGAUCGCCGGAGAGGCAUGGACAUCAAGCAGAUGAAGAACUUUGUGUCCCAGGAGCUCAAGGGGCUGAAACAGGAGCACCGCCUGCUGAGCCUCCAUAUCGGGGCCUGUGAAUCCAUCAUGAAGAAGAAAACCAAGCAGGACUUCCAGGAGCUCAUCAAGACUGAGCAUGCACUGCUGGAGGGGUUCAACAUCCGGGAGAGCACCAGCUACAUUGAAGAGCACAUAGACCGACAGGUGUCGCCCAUAGAAAGCCUCCGUCUUAUGUGCCUUUUGUCCAUCACGGAGAAUGGUUUGAUCCCCAAGGAUUACCGAUCCCUGAAAACCCAGUACCUGCAGAGCUAUGGCCCUGAGCACCUGCUGACCUUCUCCAACCUGCGGCGAGCUGGGCUCCUAACAGAGCAGGCCCCGGGAGACACCCUCACGGCCGUGGAGAGUAAAGUGAGCAAGCUGGUGACGGACAAGGCCGCAGGAAAGAUUACUGAUGCCUUCAGUUCCCUGGCCAAGAGAAGCAAUUUCCGAGCCAUCAGUAAGAAGCUGAAUUUGAUCCCACGCGUGGAUGGCGAGUAUGACCUGAAAGUGCCGCGUGACAUGGCGUACGUGUUCAGCGGUGCGUACGUGCCCCUCAGCUGCCGAAUCAUCGAGCAGGUGUUGGAGCGGCGGGGCUGGCAGGGCCUGGACGAAGUGGUGCGGCUGCUCAACUGCAGUGAGCUGGCCUUCACAGACAUGACCAAGGACGACAAGGCCUCCAGCGAGUCCCUGCGCCUCAUCUUGGUCGUGUUCUUGGGUGGCUGCACAUUCUCUGAGAUCUCAGCCCUCCGGUUCCUAGGCAGAGAGAAAGGGUACAGGUUCAUUUUUCUGACGACAGCAGUCACCAACAGUGCCCGCCUCAUGGAGGCCAUGAGCGAGGUGAAAGCCUGAAGUUUUCCCUGCCAGUGUUGAUGUCUUUCCUGGACGUGUUCCUCAGUGGGAUGCAGGAGUCUGACUCGCAGCUGCUAAGAUGUCUACCAACCACCCUCCUAAGAGCUGGGGGGCAGGGAACUCACUUGGGAUCUAGAGAACCUGAGGAGAGUGUUCACCUCCUGCCCCCAGGAUGUUUUUUUUUUGUUGUUCAUGAAGUACAGCCCCUGCUAAUAAGAUAAGGAGGAUCUUUUUCUAAAUCCUCUUUGAGUAUCACUGUAAAUAAAGCCUCUAUUCUCAA